AUUAAAGUGGGAGUCUAUUUUAAAUUCCUUUUGAUUUUAUUAAUUGUGUUGGAAUGUAUUAUAUUAGCCUACUAAUUACUUAGCUCAUUAUGGCUGUAUGGAGAUUCAUUAACUACAUAGAGAAACUAAAUGCCAGUUUUAAAAUUUGUGGUGCUGUUCCUAAAAGUUGACAAAGACAUGAGACAGUACAAAAUGCCAGCCAUGGCCUAAUUCCCGACAUCAGCAGUAGUUUGAAAGUAGUUGCUUUCAUGCGACAAUAUGGAUGAUGGUGUUGAGGCAAAUUCUAUGUUAGCUUCUCUCUGUGCUCUUCAAGGAAGAACAAGUAUUUCCCUGGAGAAGCAACUCUCCUCAUAGCUGGUGAAGCAGCCAUUGUAGCGUCAGUGCUGUACUCAGGGCUUGGCCUAGCUAUACAGUUCUGUGUGAGCUGAUGUGUGUGGUUGAAAAAUGGCAAGUUCAUGUUGUGGGUCAUUCAGAGAACUACAUCAUAAAGGAUAGAGCUCUGGGUGGUCUCUUUCUUUCGAGUACUAUAGGAGUCACAGAACCUGCAGUGAAUUUUCAUCAGCACAAAAGGAUGCCAGACAGCUCUAUAUUUUUUGUCCACUGUUUGAGCCCCAGAACAGUGGACCAUGUGUUACAGGGGAGGGAUGGAGAUGUCCUGGGCAUGGGUGGGGUCUUUGAAAACUGCCUUGCCUGCAGUUGGUGGUUGGAAGCAGAGAAUACCUGAUGGCUGUGCUGAGAGCUUGCCAGGUACCUGGCAGAAACUGCUGUUGCAGGGAAGGCUGGGAGAGAGUGGGGGUUGGGCGAGAGGGAGAGGGAUAGAUAGAUAUGGAUGGAUGGAUGGAUGGAUAGAUCAGUGUCCAUCACUGCAAAAAAAUAAAAGGUGUUGGGGGGGAUUGAAUUCCUUAAUUACCAUCAUGCCAAGGUUUUUUCUUUGUAAUUCUGCUAAGUUGUCUUAAGAAAAGUCUUUAAUCAUAUGCAAUGCUACCAAAGCAUUUCUUGUUCUUAAAAACCGUUUUAAACUGUUUAUUUUGGAGAUAGGACGUCCUAGAGUUGCUCAGGCUGGCUUCCCCACUCAUAGCAGUCCUCCUGCCUUCACCGCGGGAGUGCUGGGACCUGUGGCUGUGUGUUACCACUCCUCACAGCGUGCCUUCCUUCUUUAAAAUGUAGAUUCUCAUACUCCAAAGGGACACUAACCCAGUGCUUUCAAAUGUAGUACACACCUAGCACUAGAAAUCCCCGCAUGUGUUGUCGCUGACAUUGAAACAGUUGACAUAUGGACAAGUACACACUCUCUUUACUGUGGAGCCACACAUGCCUGUCCUGGUCCAGCUGUGCUGAGGGGCGUGCAUUAUUAACCGUGAUGGACAUCUAUUCAAAUACAUUUUGGACUACCUGCACGGGGAGGUGCAGACCCCCUCGGAUGAGCAGACGCGAGCUGCCCUGCAGGAGGAGGCUGACUACUUUGGCAUCCCUUACCCGUACAGCUUGUCUGACCACUUGGCCAAUGAGAUGGAGACAUAUUCUUUAAGGUCAAAUAUAGAACUUAAAAAGGCUUUAACAGACUUCUGUGAUUCCUAUGGCUUAGUUUGCAAUAAACCAACAGUUUGGGUUCUCCACUAUCUUAACACAUCUGGUGCAAGCUGUGAGAGUAGAAUUAUUGGUGUCUAUGCUACAAAAACUGACGGGACAGAUGCCAUUGAUAAGCAGCUGGGAGGAAGGAUUCAUAGUAAAAGCAUUUUCAAAAGAGAGGCGGGGAACAACGUUCAGUACAUUUGGAGCUAUUACUCAGUAGCCGAGUUGAAGAAAAUGAUGGAUGCCUUUGAUGCUUGGGAAGGAAAAGGGGUAAGCUACUGGCGUGUGCCUCAUGAGCUGAUAGAGUGUUGGACUUUGGAAGAACGGCCUUUACACGGAAGCCUGCGUCAUAUGGCCCCAAUUCGAAAGAGGCGGCUGAUAGCCCUCAGGGAAGAGGAUGAAGGUGUGAACUGUAAGACUGGUCCUAAGCCAGUCAGAUUUUUGGGCCCUUCUACAAGUACCCAAAUUAAAGUCAAGAACUCUGCUUCAGUGAGGGUGUCACCUGCCAAUGCUGCCCAGAUCUCCUCUCAGGCUACAGCAAACCGCUCUCACAGAGGCAGCUGUGGAAAGGCAGCCCAGUGCUCUGUGGCCACAGGGGCUUCUGGGCAUGCUCCCGCUUCCCCCGAUGCCCAGAGCUCUGAAAACCAAGCCACACACCCACCUCCAGCCAAGGUGCUCCUCUCUGAAAAGAAGUCUCCACCCCCUCGAGUGAUCAAGCUGAGGAGGACUCCACUGCGUGGGGGGCCUUCCCUGCCCACCGCCUCAGCAGGGGGCCAGGCCUGCUUCCCCCAGCCACCCUCUCUAGAAGCUUCCAGCAGUUUGGGUGUGCAGAUGGAGACCAGGAAAGACCAGCCUGAUGGGUAAAGUGGGCUUGGAACGGCCUGUUUGUCCCACAGCUUCCAGCGCGCUGAUGCCGACAGUGUUCUUGAGCGGGAAGAGCUAAACGUGGAUGUUGAGGAUUACGACAGGAAAAGUGGAUGCCGUGGCAUGGGAGGAGAGGAGGGAGACUUUGUGGUUAGGGUUACUGUUUACUUUGCAUUUUCCUGAGGUGGUCUCUGUGCAGUUUGAUUUCUGGUUUUUAUUUUUAAGCUUUAUUUAAAUAGUUAACUGAUACCAAGGCAACCAAGCAGUAAGAAGUCUCCCCUUUUUACAGUAGUGUUAGAGUCUUCAGUGUUACUCCUACAGUCCAGGGGUAGGAGUGAGGUCUGGGCCUAGGUUUCUGUCAGAUGGAGAGGGGCACCUGUGCUGGCCACAGUGUGGCAGCCAGCAGAAGAGGUCUCAAGUGUGACCCCACCAGCUGCUCCUAGUUGUUUCUUUUCCAAAGAUAACAUGAAAAGAAGUGAUGGGGGAAAGGGGAGGAAUACAAUGAAAGCUUAGAUGGCGAUCUCAUGUGAUUGGGCCAUUUUAUUUUCCAGGUUGGCUCUUUACUUUGUUCUGUUAGCAGCUGUGUCUUUUUUGUGCACCACAAGGGGGAAUGCAUGUGGUAGGAGCUCUAGGACGGUUUUUGGAACAGUUAAAAUAUGGGAGUUUACUUUGGUGGCGUUUUGAAGUACUUUGAAAAAGGGAAGUUAAACAAGUUAACUUUUUAACUCGUUAGUUGGUUUAGAAGUGACCAUUGGGUCCUUCUGAUUACACACUAUGCUUCAUGCAUACAAUUUCCAUAUAACUUGAAUUUAAUAUUUUAAAACAAAAUCUUUUGAUUAAUCUAUUUUUUCAUGACCAUUGAGUUAUGUGUACUUUCUCUUACAUAUUAUGUUUGGUAAUUACACUGUGCAAUUCUACUUCCCAUGAGCCCUGUGCGUCCGUGUUUCUAGAAGCAGGUUCAUAGAGCAGGCGUUCCUUACUCAGAGGCUGGGCAGUGCAUUGCAUUGCUUUGAGAAAGUGAGGCAGGCAUACUCAUGAUGCUUCUUUUUAAAUAAAUUAAACAUUUCCACAAAAAUGUGACUUUUCUGUGACUACUUACUUAACUUUGAUUUAUACCCUAAUUUAUGUAGGGUUUCUAUUUCUGUUUCCAAAAUUACUUUCUUGUCUUGCUGAUUCAUGAAAUGAUAAAAUCAACUUUGAAUAAA